AUGUACAAAGAGCCGUCCUUCACUAAUUACUAUUAUACGUGUCAACACAAAACCGACGGACAGUACCCGCCCGUGUUGUACCUAAUGGCCGUUGCAUAUCAAAACAUUUGCGCCGCACGGAAUGUGCGGGUCAUGCGUUUUUGCGUAUUAGCACGCUUGUUGUUGCGCGGGCUGAGAUCGCUCGGGUGCCGGCCUAGUCCGUGGCCAAGGUUUCGCGGAUUCGUGGGCAGCGCUGGACCGCACAAAGGGAUGGCCGAGGGUAUCGUCCUCGGAGGCUGCGCCGACGCGCCCUACUGCGGGGCCGGGGGCGGGGGAGGGGGCGACGGUGUCCGCGCCGUGGGGGGUGGGGGGGCUAUCCCGGUGGGGAGGGGGAGGUCACGGCGCUCCGGCGGCGGCCGGGCCUCAUUCGCGCGUCGCGCCCUGUCACAGCAUUACGUACGAACGACCGACGCCCGCGCACGGCCAGCGUCCGAAAUGGCACAGUUAAUAACUGUGCGACUGAAUAAGUCCGAUCAGCAGCCGUUAGGCUUCCGGCUACAAGGCGGGAAAGAUUUUGGAACGCCUCUCGUUGUUCAGAAGGUGAACGGCGGGAGCGCCGCGGAGCGCGCGGGCCUGCAAGCUGGCGACGCUCUCAUCCGCGUCAAUAGCACCGACGUGUACAAUUUGAGGCACCAAGAGGCGCAGGACGCUAUACGCGCCGCCGGCGUCGCCCUGGAGCUAACCGUGCAGCGUGGCGGUGGCACUUGGCGGCCCACGGUGACCCCGACAGGCAGCCUGCCGCGACCUGGCACGAGGCCUCUGGGCGCCGCGCCAGCGCCAGUCACCACCACCUCCUUGAAGGCGACGCCGCAGCCAUCGCGCAAUUUCGGCUCCGGCCACAACAGCGUCGCCAAGCCGUUCGGCUACAUGAACGGCAACGGCAUUGGUAAUAAACAAUACAAUUCGCCUGUGAGUAUGUACAGCGACAAGACGAUUGCAGAGACCCUAUCCGCGCAGACCGAAGUGCUGGCAGGCGGCGUCUUGGGAGUCAAUUUCAAAAAGAACGAGAAGACGUAUGACGCUGAAAAGAGUGCCGUAUUCAAAGUACUGCAGGAGGAGCAAAACGACCCUGAACCAGUAGAAGCGAGCGGGGCGCCAGUAUCGCCCGCGCCCGCGCCCGCGCCCGUGACCGGCCUGCGCCACGUGACCGCGCCCGUGACCAAGCCGGACGCACCCCUGAACACGGGCGGCCUGCCGCCGGGCCAGAAUAUUUGCGAGGAGUGCGAGAGGCUCAUUACCGGCGUGUUCGUGCGCAUCAAGGACAAAAAUCUGCACGUGGAGUGCUUCAAGUGCUCGACGUGUGGUUCCUCACUAAAGAACCAGGGCUACUACAAUAUCAAUGGCAAGCUUUACUGCGACAUCCACGCGAAGCUUGUGGCGCGCCAAAACCCGCCCGCCCCCAAUCUCGAGCCCGUCACCGUUCCACCCGGCGGGCGUAUUCCAACAAACUCAUAUUCAACACCGUUGCCUCCCCUGGCCACAAACAAUUACACCAACGGCUCGUCGUCAAUGUUUAGCCCCUCGAGCAACCUGUCGAGUUCGGGCCCGAAGCCGUUCGGCUCGUCGCUCGGCUCCGCCUACUCUCCGUCGCUGUCGCCGCGCUCGGCGCCGAUGUCGCCCGCCAGGCCGGUCGCCGCCCCGGCCCCCGCCUCCGCCCCCGCCCCCGCGGCCCCCGUAACACCAGCCCCCGCCCCCUUUGCGCCCAAGGGCCCAGUUUCCAUUUUUAAAGGUUCGAGUGUAGGAGGAGCCGCUCGAGGCAAAGCGUUCGGUGUUUCGUCGGCACCUAAACGUGGCAGGGGUGUUUUGAACAAAGCUGUAAUGCCAGGGUCUCGCGUACCGCUUUGUGCUUCCUGCAAUGGGAAUAUUAGAGAAAAAAAGAAAUGUAUUAAUGAUGAUGGUAGAAGGGAUUCUCACAUUGUUACACGUCCAUUAAGUACGAUGACAUCGGUCGAUGUAGCUGAAGGACAGUACCCUGUAUGCCACAUAUGUGACAAGGCAAUAACAAGGGGUCCGUUCAUAACGGCUUUAGGCCGCAUUUGGUGUCCGGAACACUUCAUUUGCGUGAACGCUACGUGUCGCCGUCAACUUCAGGACAUCGGGUUCGUCGAGGAAAACGGCCAGCUAUACUGCGAAUUUUGUUUCGAACAAUAUAUCGCGCCCGCUUGCGAUAAAUGUCACGCCAAGAUCAAGGGUGACUGUUUGAAUGCCAUCGGCAAACAUUUCCAUCCUGAAUGCUUCAACUGCGUAUAUUGCGGCAAGUUGUUUGGUAACAAUCCGUUCUUCUUAGAGGACGGUUUGCCAUAUUGUGAAGCAGGUAAUUCGCCUUUUGUUAGCCCCGUGCUAUCGUACUUUUAUAUGACUGGAAUGAGCUGUUCACAACAAAAUGUUUCGCUUGCGGAUUCCCCGUGGAGGCGGGCGACAGGUGGGUCGAGGCGCUCAACAAUAACUACCACAGUCAGUGCUUCAACUGCACGGUAUGCAAGAAGAAUCUCGAAGGGCAGAGCUUCUUCGCCAGAGGAGGCCGACCAUAUUGCAGGAUACACGCCCGUUAACAACCCUGGGCGGAUAAUUUAUAACUCUGACACUGUUUACUCUACUACUGUUUUCCGACCCGUCUCCCUUUCCCCGCCCACGCAGCACGAGGCUGAUUCUCUUCCACCUCAGAGAACGAGAAAGUUAGAAACGCCCCUCCACUUUGAGGGAGGGCUGUUUUCCGACAUACGAAGCUCUGAUGGUAAAUUACUUAGCAAAGUUACAGUUGAUCGAGUGCACAGCUCCACGCGUCGCGACGUAAUCGAUUCACCAAGUACAUCCGAAAGCAUCGGAUUGCACGUGCAGGAAGAGUCCGAAUCUUUUAAAUUAAAUGAAGAAAGGGAGGCAAAUUUGACAUUCGAGGAUACUAAAAUGAAUAAAAUAGACGAAGAGACUGAGAUUCAGUUCUCCGAAAAAAAUCUAGACAACGUUACAAAUAGUCACUCUGACGAUGAAAAUAAAAAUAGUCUUGCAAAAGAAUCCAUUGCUAUCUCUACUCAUAUCGAUGAGUAUUCCAAAUCUUAUAAAACCAAGUUAAACAGUGUCAAAAUCGUGCUUAUCUACGCUAAAACUGCUCGCGACGAUGUGAUAUGUCACUUC